AUGGCCAGCUUCGCCUCCCAGCUCCUGGACGUGUUCUACGACCUCGUCCAGCGCGUCACCGGCUACACCGUCCGCCCCGACGACGACAAGGAUGCACAGAAGCCCAGCAAGUUGGCAUUUGUGGAGAAAUUCCAGGCCGAGGAAGUAGUUGAGAUCAGGUCCAGGAAUCUCCCGGUGUCGGGGGGCUCAGGCGCCCAGGUCAACCUGGACGGUAUGUAG